AAUGCUUAAUUUUCUGAGACCCAGAGAGCCAAAAGCAUUGUUUUAUGUGGGUAUGGCUCUAACACUUCCUCAUCAUUCGCUGCUACUGCCUCGCUCGCUUUCUCUUCGUAAAACUCAAAACCAAACAAGAAAACCCACAUCCAGUUUUCCUGCAUUUCGAUGUUCCUCCAAUCCCAAUUUCAAAACCACCCUCAAAACCUGCAAGAAUUGCAAAACCCAGUUCGACCCCUCUCUUAAUCACCCUCGGGCUUGUCGCUUCCACACCGCUCAUUUUGGAGGAGAAACAAAGAGGAAGUUUGAGAGCGUAUACACUGGAGGCACUAUGGAUUCUCCUGACUCUGGCCAGGUUUUCCAAUAUUGGCAUUGUUGUGGGUCUGAAGAUCCCUUUGACCCAGGAUGUACUGCCGCUCCUCACUCCUCCUAUGAUGACUGAUAUAUUUGGUCGUCUUCCCAGGGGAAUCAUUUUUGGCUCUGCACCUGAGAUAACAGAUGGUUCCCAAGAUAAAAUUUGUUUCUAGAUGUAUGUAUAUUACUCUUUCCUAUUUAACAUAUACAAGCAGUUGUAUCAAAUUGGGUUAUGAAACUUGAGUUUUAUACAUGUAAAGCCUACAUUUAGGCUCAAUUUGACACUGUUGCCUCACUUAUUUGCUGCCUUAACUCUGACAUCGUGAGAAACAUAUGUUGUUCAUGCAUUGUGAUAUGAUAUUUCGCAUUCAUUUCCCUAUUGAUUUUAUAGUUUAUUUA